AUGGAGACAGUGUUGAAGUCUCAUUGUGAUGAACAGCACCCCCAAGAGGCUGAAGAAUUGCAGAGGAAGCAGGAGCAGAACAAGCAGCUUUCAGGAAUAAAAAAAGACAUUGAAAAACUUUAUGAAGCAGUGCCACAGCUUGUAAACGUGUUCAAAAUUAAGGAAAAAAUUGGAGAAGGUACUUUUAGUUCUGUUUACUUGGCCACAGCACAGUUACAAACAGGAUAUGAGGAAAAGAUGGCUCUGAAGCACUUGAUUCCAACCAGCCACCCUCUGCGAAUUGCUGCAGAACUUCAGUGUCUCACGGUAGCAGGGGGACAGGAUAAUGUUAUGGGAGUUAAAUACUGCUUUAGGAAAAAUGAUCAUGUGGUUAUUGUUAUGCCAUAUCUGGAACAUGAAUCCUUCUUGGACAUUCUGAAUUCUCUUUCCUUUGAAGAAGUGAGAGAAUACAUGUUUAAUCUGUUUAAAGCAUUGAGGCGCAUUCAUCACUUUGGUAUUGUUCACCGUGACGUCAAGCCCAGUAACUUCCUCUACAACAGGCGGCUAAAAGAGUAUGCCUUGGUAGAUUUUGGCUUGGCACAAGGAACACCUGAUACGAAAAUUGAACUUCUCAAAACCACCCAGUCUGAAGGCCAGCAGGGAAGUUGCUUGCAAAAUAAUCCCAUCGUAGCCUUGGGAAAUGAGGUUUCUGUCAGUGUCACAGCACCUAAACAGAUAGCUCAACAGUCAGCCUCGAAAGCAUCUGAUAAAAGGUCCAGCUCACUUUCAAAAAUACAGAGUAAACAAGGAAGAGGAGGAAAGGAGGAUUCUGUGCACCAUUCUGUUCAGCGCUCUGUCUUUGGAGAGAGGAAUUUCAAUGUCUCUAGUUCCACAUACCAGGAGAACUCCAGUACAAAACUCAUAAAGCAAUCGAAGAUGAUAGAUGUUUCAUCUAGGAAGUUAGUAACCAAGAAGAAGAUUAUUUCUACCAAAACAGUAAGCAGUGGGGUAGCCAGAAAAGCUGCCAGUGGUUGUCCAUCAAACCUGGCCUGUGACUGUUAUGCAACGGAUAGAGUUUGCAGCAUUUGCCUUUCAAGGCGUCAGCAAGUUGCUCCAAGGGCAGGAACACCUGGAUUCAGAGCACCAGAAGUAUUAACAAAGUGUCCCACUCAGACACCAGGAACUGCAUCAAUUGACAUGUGGUCUGCAGGAAUUGUAUUCCUUUCUCUGCUCAGUGGACGGUAUCCAUUUUACAAAGCAAGUGAUGAUUUAACUGCUUUGGCACAAAUAAUGACAGUUCGUGGAUCCAGAGAAACCAUUCAGGCUGCUAAAACUUUUGGUAAAUCAGUUCUGUGUACCCAAGAUGUGCCAGCACAAAACUUAAGAACCCUCUGUGAGAAGUUGAGAGGAACAAACAGCAGCUGUACCCGAUCCAAGGAUGAUACGCACACCGAUUCUGUAAAUGACCUAGAUUUGCCAGUUGAAACAGACAAACAAUGUGCUCCGAAGACGCUCGGAAAAGAAAUUCAACACAUACAGAGCUGUCAGGAAAGUGAUGGUGCUUUGGAAGUUAAGGCAACAGACAUGAAAGGAUGGGAUCAGGUUCCUGAUGAUGCAUAUGACCUACUUGAUAAGCUACUAGACUUAAACCCCGCAACAAGAAUAACUGCGAAAGAGGCUUUGCUGCAUCCUUUUUUUAAAGAUAUGAGACUUUGAGAAGAUUCCAUAUUCUAUUAUUGCUUUGAUACGUUUUUAUGUGUAAAUGAGAUACUGAAGUAGUUGAAUUUACCUUGUUGCCUUUAACAUUAACACUCAGUGAAAUGCCAUUAUACUGUGCACAGAACUACUGAACUCCAUCUCGUACAGUUGGACUGCAAAUGUAAGUUCACUUAAAGAAAUACUUGCAGAUGUAAAUACUACCUACACAUUACUAGCAUGGUCUUAUCCUAAGGUGCUUUUGAGGUGUUAUUACUGUGCAUUACCUGUUCUGUGAGAAAAUUAAUGUUGAUCAAAAAUUACACAGAAGAGCUUUAUAAGCUCUGAGUUUAUGUCUCAAGAUAGUCUGGUAAAAUUUACAAACUUGCCUUAAGGUAUGACUGAAAUGAGAAAAGUGCUUCAGAGACUUUUUUCCAUACUUCUAUAUCUUUGCUUUGUUCUGGAUCAAUGCAUCAGAGACUAGAAAAAGAACAAAGAGCGUUAAGUUUGUUCAGACUGUUUUCAGUGAACAGUUUUACUUCAGGAGUGUUGCUAGCAGAAUGGCCAAGUAGUGGAGGUUGUAUCAUCAAAAGAAAAGCAUAACUGUUUUAAAAGUAAAUUUUUACCCAUCCAUAUGUUUCCUACAUAGGCAACAGUGAUAAAUGCAGUUACGCAUUUUGCACAGCCCAUAUUUCCUCAGUGACACAGGGAACUGUCAGUAUGCACCAACUACUGCCUGCAGACUGUCUCCUGUGACCUGUAUAGGUGUCAAUUUCUGUUACGGAAACUGA